AGUUGGGUUCGAGGAGGUUUGAGGGGUAUGGGUGCGUUUCAAUACAUUCGUAUAAGGUCCUUCUCCUUCUCAUCACAUUGGUGGCCAUCAUUAUGUUGGUAUUGCCGAGAGCAUUCAAACAAUAACAAACAUAUGAAAACAACUGCAAGAUGUCAAAAAUGAACUCGACGAGUUUGUAUGUAACAACAAAUCAAAUUAUAUUGAAAGGCAAUCCGGAUAUACCAUCAACAUGGCAAGAUUUGUACCGGUUGCUACCCUACCUCCGGAACUCGCUAUGCUGUGUAGUGUGCUGCAACUUACUAAUAAGCCCUCUAACCCCAACAACAGGCAAGUGUCAACACCACCUCUGCAACAAAUGCAAAGGUGGUAAAAAGAAAAUAAAACCCGCGUGUGUCUGGUGCAAAGAGUGUUUAUCUUACACAGAAAACAAGCAGCUCCGUACAUUGCUUCAGUGUUACAAAAAGAUGUGCAUUUUCCUGCUAAACUCAAACAUUUACAAGAACUUGAUUGAAGCAUCCAAAGUGCCUGCAACUGGAGUGGAGAGAGGCGCUGGUAAUUUAUUGAUAUUAAUUAAAGAGGGUGCUAUGUUCCAGGAUCAUUAUGAAUGCAAUGUUGGACUUAGCAAAGAUGUUUACAGCAUUUUACCAUGUGUUUAUACAAACUCGUCAACUCAAACGUUGCAGAAUUGUCAGAUCAUUGAGGGCAAAAAGAACAUUAUUAUUAAUCCUAAGAAUACCAAUGGCACACCAGUUUAUUCAGUGAUGUAUGCAGGCACUGGCAAUAAAAUUACAAUCAAGAGGAAACCAAAAGAUCACUUGGAGAAACAGCAAGGCCUCAAAAAGGAUAGUAAUGAGAAGGCAGUUUUUAAGAAGCCCCCAAGUAAAUGUGUUGUGAAACAGAGAAAAGGCUGCAGAUGUGGAAAUGCAACAGCAACUCCCGGCAAGCUUACUUGCUGUGGCCAAAGGUGUCCAUGUUAUGUAGACAGUAAAGCCUGUGUUGAAUGUAAAUGUAGAGGAUGUCGGAAUCCUCACACACCAGAUGGAAACAAAGUGAUAAAUCUACCGCAUGUUAUUAACCAGUAUAAGGAGCAACAAUCCAAACCAAUCCAACAACUACAAGCAAUAAAUAGUAGAGAAAUACCUGUACUGCAGCAUGUUAAAAUAGAACUCGACGCCAAUCUGACAAUAGAACAAUUAAAUGAACACCUGAAAUUACAAGUGUAUGAAUCAUACUCAAAAAUUCCUCAAACACUACCUCACACCUUCCUCAUGAAUACCAAGCGAGAAGACGAGGACGAAGAAAUUACUGUGGAUGUCUGACCAAAUCCCAGUAUCGUAAUGGUGUAUACAAUAAUGCCUUACUCCAAUGGAAAGCGAGCUGGAUGACGAUUGUGAGCCUAGCCAAAGAAGUUUCGAUUUUUUGAGUAAAAUAAUGAAAAAAGAGGGUACGACGAUGUGCAGUAUUAUUUGGUACUGUGUUUUUUGUACAUUAUUUAUUAAAGAUGGAUUGAUUAAAAAUGUUGCGACGAGUAAUCAUUUGCAUUAUGUGGCUCCAUCCCAUCCUAACAUGGCUGUACCUUAACCAACCUUAACUUUUGAAGUUCACGGAGUGGCGGCGCCACCAAAUCAACAAUUUCACUUUCAUUACGCCCAUAAUACUAGGUAUU